ACUGUUGUUAUUUUGAGAGACAAAAUAAAGUUCCGAAAAUUGUAUAUCUAUGCUAAUAUAAAAAAUAUAAUAUUAGAAAAAUGAGUUUGGCCAGCAUAAAACAAAAGGAAAUUAAAGGAAAGAAAAAGGUACUGCCCAAAUUACGCACAAUUUUGGCCAAUCCCUAUAAACAAUACAGCCCUGUUUUGUCUGACGAGGAAGUUAAAGAGUUUAAGCAGAUCUUCCAAAAGGCCAUAAUAAGCAAAGAAAAAACAGCCAAAUCCUUUGCCUCUCGGUUUGGCAUACAUCUUGGCCUGGAGAGCUCCCUGAGAGCCAUAAAUUCCCAGCGUUUCUCAUGCUUACUGGUUUCUUCGAGCCUACGUCCAACACACCUCAUUCGCUUAAUAACCACCAGUGCAUCCGCAAAGGUGCCCACAGCUCCUAUCUACGCACAAUCUAAACUGGAGGAACUUACUCAGGAACUUUUUGGAGUAAGAGCAAUUUCCCUGGCAUUACCUUUGGAUUUGGGAGCUAUAAGUAACGAUUUAAUGCAGUGGGUUACUUCCCGAAAUAGAACACCUCCGCCUAUUAAGAAAAGAGUCCCUAUAGUCUACAAGAAGUCCAAGAAAAAAACAUUAUUAAUCCCUCCAAUUCAAGAGGAAAAGAAGCUGACCGUUCCCGCUCCUGCGGAAAAAAAGGACUGGGGAGAUGACUUCGUUUCCUUCUCCUCGGAUAAGCCCUCUUAUAAGAUUGACCGGGUAGAUGAACAGGUGGAGACCCAAAAUUUAGGCAAAGCUCUUAGUAAUUUGGCCAUGAAAGGCAAAAGUAAAGAGGUAGACCUCAGGCAAAACCCAGUGGAAAAGGAGAAAUCCCCCGGCCCAGAGCCAAUGGAAGUGGUUCCAGAGGAAGAUGAAUUUCUGCCUAUAGACUUGCAAAAUUAUCGCCCCCUUACUGUCCACCAAAUACGACCUAAUCCCGACAAAAAACCAAAAAAAAGGCGAAGCAAAAAGCAAAAGCAGCUAACCAGCAAAUCAUAGGGGUGGUUGGCAACUCGGCCGCAUCAGCUGUAAUUUUUAGGUUAUAUUAGUCGGUUUGUUAUCGUAAUUUUUAAGACCACCGCACACA